AUGCGGCGCAAAGAUCAGGCAGUGCUCUGGGUAGGACCCCGCCGUGUCGCUCAUUCUUGUAUUCAGGAGUUCUUCGUUAGGUCUCAGCCGAGUUUGUUUGCUUGCCCGGGCAAAGUCUGCCUUUUUGGUGAAAAGAUAUACACCCCUGGCCAGAGCUGGCACCCGUACUUGGAACCACAAGGCACGAUAUACUGUGUGCGCUGCACCUGCUCUGAGAAUGGCCAUGUGAAUUGUUACCGCCUCCGAUGCCCACCCCUCCACUGCCCACAGCCUGUGAUGGAGCCACAGCAGUGCUGUCCCCGGUGCGUGGAUCCUCAUGUCCCCUCUGGCCUCCGGGUUCCCCUAAAGUCCUGCCAGCUCAAUGAGACCACAUACCAACACGGAGAGAUCUUCAGUGCCCAGGAGCUGUUUCCUGCCCGCCUGUCCAACCAGUGUGUCCUGUGUAGCUGUAUUGAGGGCCACACUUACUGCGGUCUCAUGACCUGCCCUGAACCCAGCUGCCCCACCACACUCCCUCUGCCUGAUUCCUGCUGUCAAACCUGCAAAGACAGGACAACUGAGAGUUCCACUGAAGAAAACUUGACACAGUUACAGCACUCAGAGAGCCGUUCCCAGGAUCCAUGCCCGGAGAGGAGCAGCCCCAGCACGCCAGCCCCCACCAGCCUCAGCUCCCCUCUCGGCUUCUCUCGACACUUCCAGACAAUAGUGAUAGGUGGCACAACUAUCAAGAUUAUCUUGAAGGAGAAACAUAAAAAAGCUUGCACACACAAUGGGAAGACAUACUCCCAUGGGGAGGUGUGGCACCCUACUGUGCUCUCCUUUGGCCCCAUGCCCUGCAUCCUGUGCACGUGUAUGGAUGGCUACCAGGACUGCCACCGUGUGACCUGUCCCACCCAAUAUCCCUGCAGUCAACCCAAGAAAGUGUCUGGGAAGUGCUGCAAGAUCUGCCCAGAGGAUGAGGCAGAUGAUGACCACAGUGAGGUCAUGUCCACCCGGUGUCCCAAGGUACCAGGCCAGUUCCAUGUGUACACGCUGGUAUCUCCCAGCGCAGACAGCCUGCACCGCUUUGUCCUGGAGCAUGAAACCUCUGACCAGGUAGAGAUGUACAUCUGGAAGAUGAUGAAAGGAAUCUACCACUUGGUUCAGAUCAAGAGGGUCAGGAAGCAAGAGUUCCAGAAAGAGGCUCAGAACUUCCGGCUGCUCACCGGCACCCAUGAAGGUUACUGGACCGUCUUCCUAGCCCAGACUCCAGAGCUGAAAGUUACAGCCAGCCCAGACAAAGCGACCAAGACAUUAUAG